AUGGAGACAAUGAAUGAGCUUUAUUCAGGGCUUUACAAAGAAGCUGAAAAGAUCAAGAGAUGGAAAGUCACUAUAGAAUAUGAAUUAAAGGAAAAGGACAGAAAAUUGCAAGAAAACAGAAAGAUAAUAGAAGCACUACGUAAAGCUAUUCAAGAGUUACAGUUUGAAAAUGAAAAACUAAGCUUAAAACUGGAAGAUGUAAUACAUGAAAAUAAAGAUCUUCUAAAAGAAAACAGUGCUACAAGACAUUUGUGCAAUUUGCUCAAAGAAAAGUGCAUGCAAGUGAUGGAGAAGUCUAACAAAUAUGAAUGUGAACAAGAGGAAACCAGACAGAUGUAUGUGGAUCUUAAUAAUAACACGGAGGAAGUUUGUUGUUACUAAUUGUUUAUUUACAUCUGUUAGAGAAUGAUACAUGCCUUUGAGGAACUUCGUGUACAAGCAGAAAACUCCAGGUUGGAAAUGGUUUUUAAAUUAAAAGAAGAAGCAGAAAAAAUAGGACAACUUGAAAAAGUCCACAAGAGAGAGAUGGAUGCAAUGGAAAAACAGGUGUCAGACUUGGCAGUGCAAAAUGGUGAAAAAGAUAAUAAAAUGAAACACAUAAACCUACAGUUACAAGAAUCAAGAGAGUUAAUUGCUGAGUUAAAAGAAAUAAAAAAACAACAUGAUGAAGCGUUAAAAAAAGCACAGACUAAACAAAAUGACUUAUUGACUGAACUGGAAGAAACUAAAAGUUCUUUGCAAAAGGCAGAGAAUACAUGUAAGGGUUUAGAAACUGAGUUCCAAAAUGCAGUAAAAACAUUAAUUCAAGUAACUGAACAAAAGGAAGCAACAAUAGAAGAAUUUAAAGACUUUAAAGGAACAAGUGCAUCAGUUAUUGAUGAUCUCCAGACUAAAGUUUCCAGUUUGAAGGAACUGCUAGAAAAAGAAGAAAUGAGACAGAAGGAACUCAGGGAUGAUUCAGAUAUAUUGGUUUUGGAACUCCAAAAGAAAUCAGCUGAAUUAGGUAUGUUGUACGUGAUGGUCAAACUGAAAAAUGAUAAAGAAAAACAACUUGAAGAAAUUGAAAUAGCCUUGAAAAAAAUGCAUGACUUGGAAAUGGAGUUAUCUAGAGCAUUUGAAAAUAACCAAAAUUGCUUAGUGCAGCUUACAGCAGUGACAGCAGAGCUUGAAGAAGAAAAAUUAAAGAAUGAGCAACUAAGCCUGGAUUUGAGUAGACUUUUAUCGGACAAGGAAUGCAUCACAACAGAGAAAAAUAAUAUAGUUAUUGCUUUUAAAAAGCUUCAAGGAGAUCUUAAGGACAAUAAAAGGGUUGGAGAAAAAGCUGAAAAGCAAAUACAAAACCUAAAAGAAACCAACAUCCAGUUAAGCAAUGAAUUAAAGUGCCUAAAAGAAGAGAUGAAAAAGAAAAAUGAAGAGGCAAAAAGCAAACUUGAUGAAAGUGAAGACAAUAUUAACAGUUUAAAGAAACAAAUUGAAACAAAAUCCAGGAAUAUUGAAGAAUUGCAGCAAGACAACAAGGCUUUGCGAAAGAAAGUUGCAACAGAGAGCAAGCAAUCCAGUAUUACAGAAGAAAAAGUGAAUAAAUUACAAUUAGAGUUGGAAAAUAUAAAGAAAUUGCAUAAAGAAACAACUGACAACUAUAGAAAUGAAAUAGAGAAGGCUAGAGGAGCGGAAGAAAAACUUUUCAAAGAGGCAGAGAGAAUGAAAUCUAUAGCUGAUGAAGCAGUAGCAAAGCAGAAAGAAAUCGACAUUCAGUGUCAGCACAAAAUAACUGAAAUGGUAGCACUUAUGGAAAAGCAUAAGCAUCACUAUGAUAAAACUGUUGAAGAAAAAGAUGCACUAUUAGAAUGCUAUAGGAGAAAAGAACAAGAGGUAUCAUCAACAAUAGGAUCUUUGAAAAGUGAACUUUCCAAUAAGAAAAAGGAACUCUCCUCCCUUCAGGAGCAGCUUAAAACAGAAAUAGAAGCGAAGAAAACACAAACAUCCUUUUGGGAAACACCUAAAACCAGUAGCCUAGAUUCUCCAUCUCUUCAUUCCAAAAAGAAAAUGUCCCCAAAUUUGCCACCUGGUAAUGUGAACAAGUUGGAAUACAAAGAAAAGUCUUCUUGGACACCUGCCAGGACUUACACUGUGAAAACACCUCCAAAAUCUAAAUUACUAGGAGAAAGCACCAGCCUACUUUCAGAAGAAGUAGCAAAGAAAAAAAGAAAAGUUAUAUUAGAACUGGAUACUCAGUCAGAUACCUCUGAGAACAACGACCUCCUGGAUCCCAUGCCACCAACUUUGAAAACUCCUGGAUCUUCUGUUAAGGUUACAGCUUUAAGAAAGGUCCGAGAUGCUGGAUGGACUGCAAUCUCCAAAGCGGAUAGAAAGAAAAAAAUGAAAGAAGCUGGAAAACUUUUUGCAUAA